AUGCAGAAGCUUAUGGUGAACAAGGGGUUAGAGAGCAGCGUGGUAAGCGGCGAAAAUGUAGAAGAAAACGGCAUCCGCUAUGGCAACGGCGGCGGGUUCGUGGAGUCCGUUUUCAAGAACAUAACGAAGAACGAGUACUUCAGCGCAGGCGUCGGAAUCAUCUCAGUCGGGGCGGUCGUCACAGUGGCGAACAGGCUAAACAGCUACAUCUACCAUGCGGUGAAAAAAAACGUGUUCACCUCUCUAGAAAUCACAAUCAACGACAGCGCCUACUAUUGGGUUCUAGAAUACAUUGUGAAAAAGGGAAUCAUCAGUAGACACCUGAGUCUGAAGACGCACAUGCUAAGUGACAGAAAUAAAAAAACCGUUUCCUUCUCCUUCCUACCAAGCAUAGGCAAUCACCUACUUAUAUAUAACAACAGAUUUAUAUUUAUAGAACGCUGUAGAGAAAAGAGCAUGACGUCAGAUGUCAACAGAUCAGUUCCUUUUGAAAAUAUAAAGCUCAGCACAUUCAUAUGGUCCAAACAUAUUUUUAAAAAAAUAUUAACAGAUGCUAAAUUGUACAUAGAAAAGAAGGAAGAGGGAAAGACCUUAUUAUAUAAAACGUUUGGGCAUGAGUGGAGACCCUUUGGAAAUCCCAAAAAUAAAAGACCCAUUCAUUCUGUCAUCCUUCCUGAGCACCUCAGUGAGCAUAUCAUAAAUGAUAUUAAUACAUUUCUUAAUUCUAGCAAAUGGUACAUUGAAAAGGGGAUACCCUAUAGGAGGUGCUACCUUCUUCAUGGCCCUCCUGGCUGUGGCAAAAGCAGCCUUAUUGCUGCGCUCGCUGGUCAUUUCGAUUUUAACAUCUGCACCAUCAACGUUAAUGAUGUGUACCUAACCGAUGAUCGAUUUAUUCACCUCCUCGCCACUGUCCCGCCCAAGACGAUUCUCAUUUUGGAGGACAUUGACUUUGUCUUUCCCGGCCCGAGCGAUGUAGCAGAGAGGGUGGGCUCUAACGCGGCACCCCCCAGUAAAGAGGUACCCUCCCCCAUGGUAGCUUCCACCAUUUCGAGCUCCCUCCCCAGCGGAGGCAACUUCAAAACGCUGGGCGUCUCCUACAGCGGACUGCUCAACGCGCUGGACGGCAUCGUCGCCACGGAGGAGAGAAUCAUCUUCAUGACGACCAACAACAUAGAGAGGCUCCCAAGCACUCUCAUCAGGCCAGGGAGAGUAGACCUAAAAAUAUUUAUACCCUAUGCGAACAGAUAUCAAUACAAAAAAAUGUUUUUGCGUUUCUUUCCGCAACAUGAGGAUCUGGCCCACGAGUUUGCAACCAUAUUUGAGAGCUUCCACCUCAGCAUGGCGGAGAUUCAGUCCUUCUUUCUCUUUUCCAAAGAUGAUCCCCACAAGACCGUUCAGAAUGCCCGCCACUGGGUGCAGACCUACGCGCAGAAGGUGCGGGGGCCCUCGUAG